CGUGUCUGGCGCAUGCUGCUGGCAGCCGCGCGGCGCCUCGCGCUCUCCGGCGUGGCCCAGGCUGGAGCUGGGGUUGGGGCUACCGGCGCCUACGGCCCUCUCUAGGCGCGGAGCUCUGGUGCUGACACCCUCUGCGGCUGGAGUAGCGUUAAAACAUGAAUGGAGAGACGCGCCGGGGGCGGUGUUGCUGUGACUGACACCUUCGGGGUCAGUCCCGAGAGGGGGCGAUUCCGCCGGUUUCUGGCUCUCUCUCGAGCUCGGAGUUCGGCGGGGAGGAGGCUUUCUGCAACUACUGCUGCUACUUCCGAGGCACGAGAUUCCAGUUGUUUGGCCAAAGUGGUUGUGGGCAGAGCACGCACUGCUCCGGGGGCGUUCGCUGCAGAGACCGUGCCCCCUGAUUUUAGCAGCAAUGCAGCAAGUCUUGGAAAACCUUACGGAGCUGCCCUCAUCUACAGGAGCAGAAGAAAUAGACCUAAUUUUCCUCAAGGGGAUUAUGGAGAAUCCUAUUGUAAAAUCACUUGCUAAGGCUCAUGAGAGGCUUGAAGAUUCAAAACUAGAAGCUGUCAGUGAUAAUAACUUGGAAUUAGUUAAUGAAAUUCUUGAAGAUAUCACUCCCCUAAUAAAUGUGGAUGAAAAUGUGGCAGAACUGGUUGGUAUACUCAAAGAGCCUCACUUCCAGUCGCUCUUGGAAGCCCAUGAUAUUGUGGCAUCAAAGUGUUAUGAUUCACCUCCGUCAAGCCCAGAAAUGAAUAAUUCUUCUCUCAAUAAUCAGUUAUUACCAGUAGAUGCCAUUCGUAUUCUUGGAAUUCACAAGAGAGCUGGAGAGCCAUUGGGUGUAACGUUCAGGGUUGAAAAUAAUGAUCUGGUAAUUGCCCGAAUCCUUCAUGGAGGAAUGAUAGAUCGACAAGGUCUGCUUCAUGUGGGAGAUAUCAUCAAAGAAGUCAAUGGCCAUGAGGUUGGAAACAACCCAAAGGAAUUACAGGAAUUACUGAAAAAUAUUAGUGGAAGUGUCACCCUAAAAAUUUUACCAAGUUAUAGAGAUACCAUUACUCCUCAACAGGUAUUUGUAAAGUGUCAUUUUGAUUAUAACCCAUACAAUGAUAACCUGAUACCCUGCAAAGAAGCAGGAUUGAAGUUUUCCAAAGGAGAAAUUCUUCAGAUUGUAAAUAGAGAAGAUCCAAACUGGUGGCAGGCUAGCCAUGUGAAAGAGGGAGGAAGCGCUGGUCUCAUUCCAAGCCAAUUCCUGGAAGAGAAGAGAAAGGCAUUUGUUAGAAGAGACUGGGACAAUUCAGGACCUUUUUGUGGAACUAUAAGUAGCAAAAAAAAGAAAAAAAUGAUGUAUCUCACAACCAGAAAUGCAGAAUUUGAUCGUCAUGAAAUUCAGAUAUACGAGGAAGUAGCUAAAAUGCCUCCCUUCCAGAGAAAAACGCUAGUAUUAAUAGGAGCUCAAGGUGUGGGCCGAAGAAGUUUGAAAAACAGGUUCAUAGUACUGAAUCCCACUAGGUUUGGAACUACAGUGCCAUUUACUUCACGGAAGCCACGGGAAGAUGAAAAAGAUGGCCAAGCAUAUAAAUUUGUGUCACGAUCAGAGAUGGAAGCAGAUAUUAAAGCUGGAAAGUAUUUGGAGCAUGGGGAAUAUGAAGGAAACCUCUAUGGAACCAAGAUCGACUCUAUUCUUGAAGUUGUCCAGACCGGACGAACUUGCAUUUUGGAUGUCAACCCACAAGCACUGAAAGUGUUGAGGACGUCCGAAUUCAUGCCCUAUGUGGUAUUUAUUGCGGCUCCAGAGCUAGAGACGCUACGUGCCAUGCACAAAGCUGUUGUUGAUGCAGGAAUCACUACCAAGCUUUUGACGGACUCUGACUUGAAGAAAACUGUGGAUGAAAGUGCACGGAUUCAGAGAGCAUACAACCACUAUUUUGAUUUGAUCAUUGUAAACGACAAUCUCGACAAGGCCUUUGAGAAACUACAAACUGCCACAGAAAAACUAAGAAUGGAACCACAGUGGGUCCCAAUCAGCUGGGUUUACUGAUGAUUCAAUAAGGUUAACAAUUAAAUAAAACUUUUAAAAAGUGACUCAACAAAUAAAUCUUGUACUGAGAAAGUACAUGCACAGAUAGAAGAUACCUGCCAAAUCUAGGCAUUUUUAUUGUGUAGAUUGAGAUAACAGUACACUAUUCUGAAUUUUUAUAUAAAAUGUGGUUGAAAAGGUGUACUAAUAUAUAAUUUAUCUUAAUUUUUCUAACUUUCUAUGGAUAAUCUUUCUAUUCAUAUCAUAAAGAAAUGCGUUGAAGCAUUUUGUAUAUGUUUUGAUUUAGUACCCUUGCCUUUUUCAUCAAAGAAAUUUUCCAGUCAUUCACACUAACAUUGGUCUCACAUUUUCACUGUGAUAAUGAAUACUUGAAAUAGUUUUGUAAAGCUGUUGUUUAGUUCGGUAUUUAAGUAGUGAAGGGUCACUUACUCUAAUUAGAAGAAAAUAGUAGUUAUUGACCUACCUUCUUGAUCAAAUUUCUUACAGAAACAAAAUCUUAAUGUCAGUGUCAGUUAGUCUUCUACCAUUUAAAGACUUGAACAUGAAAAGUCUGUUCAAGGCCACAUAUUUUUCAUUAUUUCAGAGAUGUAUGGCUAUCCAUUCUAAUUUGUACAAAUAGAAUAGUCUUUUCAUUUGUCAUUAGUGAAAAAAUGAAGAGCAAUACCUUGCACUCUCCUAUGAGGUUCUUCUUUUCAUUUAUUGCCGUGACAUGCUGAUGCUAACUAAUUUAACAUAUACACAUAAGCUCGGGCUAGAAGCAAGGUCAUGCAGACUAAGAGAGUGCCUUAUCCUGUAAAACCUUACACAAAAUGAUGCUUAAAGAAAGUUUAUUUAUUUUAUAUGUAAAACUUAUUUGAACCAAUUACUUUAGUUUUCCUUAAAGAAUAUGGUCAGCAAAAUAUGGCUCUGCAAAUUUGUGUAAUGUUUGACAAUUUAAGUUUGCAGUUAGUAGUUUUUUGUUGUUGGUUUUUUUUUUUUUUUUUUGUGAAUGAUCAUUGUGCUUUUUGAAAUACAUGAUCAAUAGGGUACUUGUUCUAUUUGUUGCGUCAAAGAUUAAAUCCAAGCCAGACACAGUGGGACACACCUGUAAUCCCAGCAGCUCUGGAGGCUGAAGCAGGAGAAUCGAAAGAUCAAAGCCAGCCUCAGCAACAGCGAGGCACUAGGCAACUCAGUGAGACCUUGUCUCUAAAUAAAAUACUGAAAAAAAAGGACUGGUGAUGUGGCUUAAUGGUUAAGUAUCCCUGAGUUCAAUCUCCAGUACCAAAAAAUAAAAGAUUGAAUCCACUGAAUAAUUUACAAAAUUUGAGAGUAACUGUCAGCUGUCAUGUACGCAUACACGUAUAUACACACACAAUACAUAUGUAUAAUAUUACAUAUACUAUGUACUAUGUAUGUUAAGUAAUUUUUAUAUUUUUUUUAUAUUUCUCUUAGGAAACAGACUUUUUUGUUUAAUGAUUAGGAAAAAUGUCCUCUUUAAAUGCAUUGAUAUAAUACACAAAUUUCCACAUUCACCUCUGUUAAUAUCUUCUUCAGGAUUCUUGGAUGGUAUAAAUUCUUCCUAAAACAUAUUCAGAUAUGCAGCCAUCACUAUGUUACAGUUAACUUUUCAUAUAUACAAUAUUCACACUUUUAAGGGUUUGGUGCUUAACUAUUGAUGAUCAUCUUUGUCUAGUGGCCUCAGACACCUGGCUGCUGAAUGUGUUUCUCCCCUCAUCCAAGCUGUCACAUGGAGUGCCAGCUGGGAAGAGAAAAUAUAUGGCAAUAAACAGUAUUCACACUGUGUUUUAAAUCAUUUUCACAAUGAAAUGAUAUACACAAAUUGCUGUAUUAUUAAAAUUGGAAAGCUAUAGAUUUUUUAAAGUUCUAAUUCCAGAAUCACAUAGCCGGUUCAUAAAUUUGUUUUUCUUUUAAGCUACAUGAAUCAAACGCUCAGUAUCAAGUUGGUGUCCUGUGACUUAAUGUUUUAACACACUGUAAAGUUUAAGAGAAAUUUCAGUUCUGCACUCUCAGGAAAUGCACAGUAUUAUCCAGUGUACCUUCGUGCUGCUCCAUGAGGCCUAUCUAAACAGCUGUGGGAUAACUCUUGCAGCACAGGAGUUUGUCCACAAAAUAUUUCUACCUUCUUGGUACAACAGAGAUGACUUUCACAUAUAUAUUUUUAGCCUUGUGUGAUAUAAAAAUGCAUAUUAUCUGGAAUAUAGUCUAUACUUAAAGAAAUUAUUUCUAUAAUAAAUGUAUUUAUAAUUGAUUACAUAAUUAAUGCAGAUUACGUUCCUCCUAAUAUGGAAUGAAAUGAUGCAAUUUAGUUCAUUUCAGCAUAGAUGCAAAUGCUGAAGAAAAAUAAAUUCAGAAAAGUUCAUUGUAUCUCAGUGAAGAGUCACCAAACUUUAAACCCAAACAAACUAGCAGUGCUGUGCUGAGGCAAAGAGGCCCAGAGAUUCUACCCUGGAUUCUUCCUAGAUAAUAUGAUCAAAGAAAUGUGUACAAGAUAAUAAGACUUUUUUUCUGAAAGCUUUACUGAAAAGAAAAUGGUUUACAGUGAUAUUGAACAAUUAUAAUAGAUACAGUACACACACACACACACACACACAGGUGCUUUGGAGAUACAUGGUGUGUUGAUACAUGAAUGCAAAUGAGGGUUGCUUAUGGACUGUGAGUGUCCACGUUCAGCAUUCAAGGCAUGACUAUUUAUAGACAUUAAAGGUUAUAUAUUUUCAAAUGUUUAAAUGCCCAUAGAAGUAAAGUCCCUGAAUAAGUCAUUUAACUAGAGCUACUGGAGUAUGCUUUAUACCCUACAAGUAGAAUUUUCACUUUCAUUACAGGUAUGAUUUUAUUAGGCAAUCUCCAUUUUUAUUUGAUAUUUAUAUAAUAUCAAAUGUCAAAUACAUCAGGGGUUUUUUUUUGUGGCCAACUUUGUACAAUUGCUGACCAUAGUUCUAAAAUAGAAAUUGUUUCAGAAAACCAGUAUUACUAUAGCAAUAGUAGCCUAAACCCAGAUUCUAGAAUCUAGUAUAAUAGCCUAUAAGGAGUUACCUUUAAAACAGCAAAUUGGUUAUUAAAACAAAUUUAGAAAAUAAUCCAUAGUUAUACUCAGUACAAAAAAAAUAUAACCCAAAUUAGCAAUAAAAGCCAAUAGCAUGACAUUACAGAUUAUGACCAGAUAUUGUUUUGGCCAUAAUAUCCUAAUGACAAUAAAGCACUUAGAUAUAACACAUGUCAUGAUCCUGUGAUUGGAGUUGAUUUUUAAGAUGGAUAGCCAGAGUUAGGUAUAAUUUUGGAUUAAAAAAUUCAAAAUGAAAAAGCUUUGAAAAUUGGUCAAAAUAAUAAUCUACUUAAAUUUUUUGUGACUUCUGAAACAAUACUCCAUUAUUCAGAAAUCACAGGCUAGAUAGAACAAUAAUUUUACAUAAUCUUUAUACUAAAUAUGGAAAAGGCAACCCUGAAGUUUUAUGUACAUAGAUCUUUUUUUAAUGUUUGAGUUGACGUGUGUGUAUACACCUCUGUGUUUAAUAUGUGAUAUCCUCUCAAAACAUACAAUUAAUAAAACCAAAUAUACUCACCAA